AUGGGCGUGGCCCGCAGCGCGGGCGACGGGCGCGCGGGCGGGAGAGCGCAGAGGCGCGGAGGCCUGUGCAGCGGUAGCUGGGGCCCCGGCCCCACCUCAGCGUUAGUUCUUAGGCGCCGCGCUUUUCUGAGCUUCAGCAGUGGAUCUUGGCGGGUUCGGGGCAGUUUGGGGCGGACCAGAAUGCUGAAAUGCGUUUCAAACGAAGCUUCCGAGUUCUGCGAGGCUGAGCUCAGAGCUUUCGCUCAGAAGGCACGGAGGGCUCGGAGCGUGGUGGGCUGCCUCCGGAUUACCUUCAGGAGUCCAGCUCUCCUGGGGACACGUCAGCGACGGCCUGGCCCGUACACGUCCAGGACAGGAAGCCCUGAGCCAGGUGGGCAGUGGAAGCGGCAGUCGGGCGACUCCCAGCCCUGCAGACCCCAGGCCUCUCGCCGCGCCAGCGCCCCGGGAUUCUGGCGCAAGGCCGGUUGCCCGGGAGUCGCCAUGGCAACGGACGCCGGUUUCGGGACUCCGCGGGUGGCGCAGGGCCUAGCGGCCACCUCCGCGGCUCCCAUGGAGGUCUAUGGCGACUCGGCGCCCGAGACCGAGGAGUGCUGGAGGAUUAUCAAGAAUCUCGAGUGCACUCUUGAACAAUUCCGGCUCAGUCCCAGAUUGGCUUUGUUAGGUGGUUCAUGGAUUGGACAGCAUCCCGUCCAGCAAUUAUUUACUAUUUCAGAUGAUUUGAAGGUUGGCUUUUUCAGCACAGACCAUGCCACUCAAACAGAUUCCAGUGAGAUUCUGCCAUUAAAAGAGUUGAGCUUAGCUACACAAAAUCUAGUGCAGAUUACUAAAUCCCUUCAGGUGGAUUUUGGGUUCCUCAAGCAAUUGAUUCAACUGAAGUUUGAGGACCGUCUUAAAGAGGAAUCUUGCAGACUCUUCAAUUCUCUACAUGACAGGAUCAUGACCAUUGAAAAACAUUACCAACAGAAUGAAGAGAGCUUACGAAAAUGCUACAAUCAGCAGCUGGCCGAUGCCAUAGGUACUAUCAAAGGAAUGUACCAGCAAUACUUUGAGGUGGAAGAAGAGAAGACAUCCCUGCAUGACGCAAUGACUGUCAAAAUGAACAUUUUGUUAAAAAGACUGAGGGAGAAAGAAGAAGUCAUUAAGGAAUUACGAGAAGAACUAGACCAAUAUGAAGAAUAUGGAUUUCAAAAAGUUGAUUCUUUUAUCAAAGAGAGCAGCCCUCUGAGAACAACUCUAGAAAAGGAAAAUUCGGAGUUCAAAACGGAAAAUGAGAGACUGCUUCAAGUCAUUUCAGAACUCGAAGAAGAAAUCCAGCUCAAUGUAAAAGAAAAUUCCGUAUUAGAAGAUGAAAUUAUAAGUCUGAAAGAGAUGGCAGAUAAGGAUCAUAAAACUAUUCAAAAGCUAAUUGGUGGCAGAGACAGAUUAAUAAGUGAGCUUGAGCUUGAAAAAUCAUUAGUUCAAGAUAUGGUUAAUAAGCAGAAAGAGGACCUUGAAAUGAGAAGAAAGUAUGAUGCCAUAGUUGCCAAGAGCCCCAGAAGCACCAAGGGGAAAGAGGCCCUUUCAUCUCAGUGGCCCUCACAGCCCAAGAGUGCAGGAGCAAGUUCUCUGAGGCCACGUUCUUCCUCCAUCCUUUCAUCGCCUACUAAGACCAAGAGGGUCAAGAGUCCAAAGAAGACUUUAAAGGAGGAGCCACCCACGGCUACACAUGUAGUACCUGCUGUGAUGCAUGGGGAAAAGAUGCAGCCAUCAGUGGCUAAGAUUGAAGAAGAGAAACGUGUUUUGGAAGAGCAAAUACAAGUGUUAAAGUCUAAGUUAGAGAGAGAGAAAAAGAAGUCAGAAAGGAUUAAAAAGGAUUCAGAACAUAUCAGCAAGAACUGGGAAAAGAAAUUCUUAAUUCUCAGGAACAGCUUUCAUGUCCUUAAGAACGAGAUGUUCACUAGGCACACAUUAUUUCGUCAGUUUGCAGUGCUGGCCGAUACAUCCUUCAAUUAUGUUAAAGUUAAACCUUUAUUUGUGCAAUCCAAAAUGAACUUGGCAACAGUGUCGACAUCUUCUACAAGUGUUGAUCAUUCACCUUCGGUAGACAACCAGUAUGAUGACUUAAGCAGCGAUCAGAUUUCCCUCCCACUUUCACCACAAGUGAGGUUAGAAAAUCUGGAGGAAGAAUCUCCGGAGGAAAAGCAGUCGACGCCCCAGAACACCACAGAGAGUGACACGGAUCGUCUGGAGUAGCGGCAAAGAACACUUCGCUGCUCAGAGCGGGGGCUGGGGGGCAGGAAGAGGGCUCUUACCACCCGGGCAUAAGGCCUGCCUCCCUGGCGAGGGACACUGUCUUCAAGGCGUUUCUAACCUGACUGUACCGUCUUCAGAUGCCGCCUGCUCACUGGCGAAUUGCACUUGAAGAGAACGCGAAGUGCGCGCUCUGAGCGCACCUUUCCAAACCCUUCAAGAACCCGCUGGCUGGUGCAUGGUGAGCGGGGCGCACAGACCCAGAGCCGCCGCCACAUCCAUCCGCGCGCUCUCUGGGCUCAGCGGGGUGCCCCAGCGCCUUAGGGUGGGAAGGAACGGGCUUCAAUUAAAAUUAAACGUUUGAGGCACUCA